AGUGACGCCGCUUCCCGAAGCCGGAGGAGGAAGCGCCGCGGAUUGGGCGGGAGGGUCGAGUUGAUCCGGUUCUCCGGAGGGGAGCCGGGCUUCUCUCUUGGUCCCUUUAGCGGCGAGCCCUUGGCCAAUGCCCGAAGCGUCCCGGGGAGGAGUGUUGGUAAAAACGGAGGCCAGUGAAGACCUGGGGCAGCUAAGGCAUUGCCACAUCUGCAAUCAUGCCUGCUUUCCGGCAGGUUGGAGAGAAACAACUGCCUCAAGAAAUAAUUUUUAUGGCCUGGUCUCCGAAGAGGGAUUUGAUUGCUCUUGCAAACAAAGUUGGAGAGGUUUUACUUCAUCGGCUUGCAAACUUUCAACGUGUCUGGAGUCUUCCACCAAGUGACAACACAGGGAAAGAAGUGACAACUCUUGCAUGGAGACCAGAUGGCAAAAUUUUGGCUUUUGGGCUUGCUGAUACCAAGAGAGUGAUCCUGUGUGAUGUAGAGAAACCAGAAAGCUUGCAUUCUUUCUCAGUGGUUGCUCCUAUUACAUAUAUGCAUUGGAUGGAAGUUACAGAAGAAAGUAGUUUUCUUACAUCGUUUUAUCAUGCUGAGGAUGAAUCCAAUCUUCUUCUCCCUAAAUUACCUGCAUUGCCCAAGAAUUAUAGUACCACUGCAAAAAUUUUCAGUGAAGAAAAAUCUGAUGAGAUUAUGAAACUCAUGGGGGACAUCAGGCUGAACGCUCUAGUUCUGGGAGGAAAUGCUGGUUUUAUUGAGAUCUAUGCAUAUGGAAUGUAUAAGAUUGCUACAAUAACGGGGGUGACAGGCUCUUGUCUUGCUUUAUGCUUGUCCAGUGACUUGAAAUCACUAUCAGUUGUUACAAAAGUAGAUGUUUCUCCAGAGGCGGAACCAGAAAUAACAUACUUCCAACUGGACACCAGUCUGCUCUCAACUUAUCUACCAGAAGUCACUCGAAUGGCCCGAAAAUUUACACACAUUUCAACCUUACUGCAGUACAUAAAGCUGUCAUUAACAUGCAUGUGUGAAGCUUGGGAAGAAAUUUUGAUGCAGAUGGACUCACGGCUAACCAAAUUUGUACAGGAAAAGAACACAACCACUUCUGUGCAAGAUGAAUUCAUGCAAUUGCUUUUGUGGGGCAAAGCAAGCCUUGAACUUCAGGCACUAUUAAUGAAUCAGCUAACAGUAAAGGGCUUAAAAAAACUUGGCCAGUCUAUGGAGUCCUCGUACUCUAGCAUUCAGAAGCUUGUCAUAAGUCACUUGCAAAGUGGCUCUGAAGCCUUACUCUACCAUUUAAGUGAACUGAAAGGAAUGGCAUUGUGGAAACAAAAGUAUGAGUCCCUUGGACUGGAUGCAUCAGGAAUAGAAGAAGCUAUUACUGCUGUGGGCUCCUUCAUCCUGAAAGCAAAUGAGCUUCUUCAAGUUAUAGAUAGCAGUAUGAAAAAUUUCAAAGCUUUUUUCCGGUGGCUGUAUGUAGCCAUGUUGAGGAUGUCAGAAGACCACAUCCCCCCAGAGCUCAACAAGAUGACCCAAAAAGAUAUUACCUUUGUUGCUGAUUUUCUUACUGAACACUUCAAUGAGGCGCCUGAACUCUACAGCCGUAAAGGGAAAUACUUUAAUGUGGAAAGAGUUGGUCAGUACUUGAAAGAUGAAGAUGAUGACCUUGUAUCCCCACCUAACACGGAAGGAAACCAGUGGUUUAAUUUUCUCCAAAAUAGCAACCAUCUUAAAGAAAGCCCUUUGCUGUUCCCAUACUAUCCUCAGAAGUCACUGCAUUUUGUAAAAAGGCAAAUGGAAGGAAUUAUUGAUCGCUGCCUACAAAAGCCAGCUGAUGUGAUUGGUAAAUCCGUGCAUCAAGCAUUCUGUAUGCCUUUAUACAAAGCUUCAACAAGUGAGGACUUGACUUCUCAACUGUUCAAACUGCCUUUUUUGUGGAAUGAUAAAUCAUCCAAUUUGCACUAUGUUUUGUUCACAAUGAGAAGAAACAAUGUUUCCAGUAUUUAUAUAUUGAGAAGGCAUACGGACAUUUCAAGGUCUGCUAGUAAUGGACUGCUUGCUAUUGAUUUUGGAAAUUUUAUGAACAGUAGUAUUAAUGAAAUUUCAUAUACAAGUGUCUACAGUUGUCUUGAUGCCCGCUUCUACGAUGAUGACACUAUCACUGUCAUUCUUACAGAGAAUUUAGAACAAGAGGGGAAGGAAAGAAUUUUGGCCCAGCUGCCUUUAUCAUCUAUAUAUACGGAGGAGAAUGCAGAACUAGAAUUCUGCUGGAAUCCUGGUCAAAGGUUGGAUAUGCAGUGUGAUGGUAUUCCGACACAUACAGUCACCAUAGAAGGUCAGUGGAGGGUGCUGGAGAACAUGAAAGCUCAGUAUGUUUCUGUAAAUGGCAUUCGAAAAGUUUCUUGUGUGGUAGGUAUCACACUGUGGUAGGUAUCACAUUCACAACUAAUCAGGCAUUAGACUAAUCCUGCAUGUGUAUGCUCUGCAGUGAGUAUUAGUGAGUUCAGAGAGAAUUGAUUCCAAGGAAGUGUUCAUAAUUUUGAGCUUUUCUGUUUUCAUGAAUAAAGAUUUAUUCAAGGCCAUCUAGUUUCUGCUGAAUAAGUUACGGAAGUAUAGAAAGGAGAAACCUGUCUCAUGUUGCACGUUUACCAGGAAUUACAUAA